CUGGAAUCACUCAGGUCAGAUGAUCCGAGCUGCAUUGUAAAUAGACAGCAGUGAUCCGCCGUAGUCAUGCCUUCGUAGCUUCUUUAAAUCACCUUCUACAGAGGAGAUAUUUGCGCUCGGAGACCUCUUAUCUUUCCUCGCCGCUUCUCUCACUGUUUAGGCUCAUUUCAGUGCCGUAACGUGUUGAUAAAGCAUGUACCGGUCUCUGUACGCCUUCCGAUCUGCGGAGCCCAACUCGCUGCACUUCGCGGCCGGAGAAAGCUUCCUAAUCCUGGAGAGGAGCAACAAACACUGGUGGCUGGGGUCCCGCUGCAGCUCCGGGGAGACCGGCUACAUCCCUGCAUCAUACAUCGAGAAAAUACAGGCCCCAGAGCAGGACGAGGUACUGCAGUCCAUUGACAGAGCAAUCGAAGGAAUCCACAAUGUGGCCUUAAAAAAUGGAGGCAAAUACAAUCUGGAACAGAGAGAUGUUCUACAGAAGUUGAUCCACCACAGGAAGGAGACACUCGCACGCCGAAGUUCCUCCUCCUCUGGUCAUAAACAAGGCAUCCCAUCUUCCAACAGUGAAAUAUCUCUCAGUCAGACUCCUCCUCCACCCAAUGGCCUUAAUCGAGACUAUGGACGGCAGGGGAGCAUGCCAUUAUCAGGAAGCAUGGACAGUGUGCAGGGAGAGCAGGGCUUUUACCAGGUGCCUCCUCAGCCCCGACGCGCAGCUCCGAUCACCCCACCUCCCCCUGAGAAACAGCGAAACAGCCGACGUCCAGGUCAGAGCAGCGGCGUAUUCACAGCGUUACUUACAGAGCCAGAGGUCCCCUCCAGAGUGUCCUCUCUCGCUCCGUCCCCUGCUCCCUCCCUCUCAAUCAGCACCACGUCUCUGGAGUCUGGCUCCUCCCACUCACUGGUCUCCUCUGAUGUCAGUCUGCCAAGUGUUUCCAGCACCCCACCUCCUCCUGUGCCAUCCCGUGUGAAGCCCCCUGCACCGCCUGUGGACGGGCUGCUCUCCGACUCCCCUCCUCAGCCAGCUCCUGCGAAGAAGAGCCCGGCUCCACAGCCUCCCCAGCCCACCCCUCCUUUACAGCCCACUGUGGAGGACCAGGCGGAGAGUGAAUGGCCCGUUGCCCCCCCGUCUGUCGCUGAAAGCCCUCCUGGCAGCCCCACUACCUCUGAGCCGGUUUCCAUGACUAUUGGGGCUGAACUGAUCGAGCUGGUACGGAAGAACACGGGCUUGAGUUACGAGCUGUCGCGGGUCGCUGUUGGCGUGGUGGUCGGCCAUCUGCAGACGGCCUUACCUCAAGCCUCUCCGGCUUUGGAGCAAGUUCUGCUGUCAUUGGUGGAGAGCAAGGAUCUGAGUGCGGCGCUGCCACAGGGUCAGGUGUGUCACGAUGAACAGAGGCUGGAGGUGAUCUUCAGCGACCUGGCUCGUCACCGAGACGAUUCCCAGCAGCGUAGCUGGGCGCUUCACGAAGACCACGCUCUCAUCGCCUGCUACCUGGAGGAGCUGCUGAAGAUACUGACUGACGCAGAUCCAGAGGUGUGUAAGAGGAUGUGCAAAGCCAACGACUAUGAGAAUGUGUUGUCUCUGGUUUCAUAUUAUCAGAUGGAGCACCGUGUGUCUCUGCGGCUGCUGCUCCUCAAAGUGUUUGGUGCAAUGUGCAGCCUGGAUGCUGCUCUCAUCUCCACCUUCCUCAACUCCAUCCUUCCCAUGGAGCUGGCCAGGGACCUGCAGACUGACACACAAGAACACCAGAAGAUGUGUUACACGGCUUUGGUACUGACUAUGAUCUUCUCAAUGGGCGAGCAGGUGCCAUAUCAUCAUUAUGAACACUUGAAUGCCAACUUUGUUGAGUUUCUGCUGGGUGUGGUGGAGGACGGGCUUCCCUCUGAUCCCACAGAGCAGCUGCCUGACAUCUUCCUGAACCUCGUCCUGGCCUUCAACCUGCACCACACAGCACCCAGCAGCAAUGUGAUCAUGCAGGAGCUGAAGAAAAAAAAUGUCAAGAUUCUGUCAGAGAAAGUGCUGCUGCUUCUGAACAGAGGCGACGACCCUGUGUGUAUGUUCAAACACACCCCGCCGGCGCCGCACUCAGUGCUCAAGUUUCUGCAGGAUGUUUUCGCCAGCCGAGAGACCGCUGACAUCUUCUACCGCACUGACAUGAUGGUGAUGAUUGACAUCGCUGUUCGACAAAUAUCUGACCUCUCACCUGGAGACAAGCUGCGGAUGGAGUACCUCUCCCUCAUGCACUCCAUAAUACGCUCGACGGACUACCUCGAGCACCAGCACCGCAUGUCCGACCUGCAGGGGGCGCUGCAGAGGAUUCUCAGGGAGGAAGAUGAUCCGGGAGAGGAUGAAGGGAACGCCACAGCGAAACAGAUGGAUAAGCUAAUCAUACAGCAGAUCUACAAGGAGUUCCCACAGAUCAGUGAGAACCAGGACUGACCAUAUCAGUAUGAGCUCACACUGUAGUCUGCUCUACUGCAGGGAGGUACAAUAAAGCUUGAAAGUCAGCUCGUCAGUUAGUUAGUUAGUUUUGUUUAUUAUACUUUCAGAAGUUCUUUUUGUUUCUGUUGCACAAAGAGAAAUUUUGCAAGGAUGAUAGAGAACAACUCUUUCAGUACCAGCCUGUGAUGAGAGAAGGUAAUCGGUUUUGCCAGUUUGUUUUCUUGGACUCGUAGUCCGUGGCUGCAGCAUGCUCAUGAUGUUGAUUUCAGAAAGGUCCUCUUUUUCACAGCUUUUCUCUCUCACAUGAAGAAAUGAAAGUAGUGGGAGUGUUUAAGGUGUGGAGGUUUAGUAAUACAUGGAGCUUAAAAAUAGCCAAAAUAUUGGCCAAACCAUGGAGCUGUUUCACAGCGAAUUCCUACCAGUGAUUACCUGCGUGAACUAUUAGGGCUUUGAAAUUAAAGUAACAGCAACAAGGACUAACCCUUAUUCUGACCAAAAUAACUUUAACUAAAUUGACUUUUAGAAAACUUCAUACUCUUAGGUUGUUUUACAGAUAACGGUGCCAUUAUUUGAACCAGUGUGAGGAUAUUUUGAGCCUUUAUGUGCUUCCCUGUUAGUGGGACCAAACUACUGUGUGUUACAGAGAGCAUUUUUUUAAAAUAGAGUAUAUAAUAUUCUUAAAGCUGACUUCCUCUCCUACUCACCCGUUCAUUCAUUCAUUUAUUCAUUCAUACUAGUUAAAUUAAACUCAAGCUGAACAAGUUUACUAAUUAUGUGAGAAAAACAACCCACACUCUGACUCAUAUGUUAUCAUUACUGAGCUUUUAGCUGAGUAACUUUUGCUGCUACAUACUGAGUCUCUCCUGUGGCUCCAUCUGCAGUUUUCUCAGUGUGGUACUUUUGUCUCCAGACUCUUAAAGAUGAUCACUCUGUACUUACAUAUGCAAAGCUCCUCAAGCAUUAGAAGUCAUUGACUGUUUAAUGUCUGCUGGACUGAAGGGUUUUUCGUCCGUAUGCUGCGUUCAUAUUCAGACUAACUGUGCUGCAAUAAGGCUUUAUAGCAACUUGUAAUAUCGCUGUAAUAUACUGAGAUGUGCAGCUUCAUGGAGAGGAGACGUGUUCUGUACUCGUUAACCCAGAUAACAUCAGUGUUGUUUGUUUCCAGUUAUUAUCUGAGGCUCCUUGCUGAAAUAAAUCAAAAUAGGGGAGAGGAAAUGGGGGGCUUUUUUUUAUAUCCUCCUCGUUUAACACUUUAGCAGCAACAUGUACCUUUCCUUGUUUCUUCCCCAUAAUGUAGUGAUUGAUAGUCUCCCAUAUUAAAGUUUGACUUAACUGUUUUUGUCCCUGGAAUGAUUUCCCUGUCUGGAAACAUAUCUCUGAGAACUGAUACCAGCUUUUAGCUAAUGUCAGAGUGUUCAUUCAUUGAUUAUAUGUGGGUCUGUUUACAGUUUGUGUGUGUGUGUGUGUGUGUGUGUGAGAGAGAGAGAGGUGUGUGUGUGUCUCUUCUUUCCAUGAUUAACAUUGUCUGCAGAAGUGCUACGACUGUGUUAUAAUAAAACUAAUAAAGCUAUAUUUUAACAGUGGAA